AUGCCCCAAGGGAAGAUCCAGAGGGCAUGUCAGCGCUGCCGCAAGAAACGAGCCGAGUGCGACGGACAGUCCCCUUGCUUGCGAUGCGACGACGCGGACGAACCGUGCGAAUACAUCCGCGGCCGAUGGGAAUCCAAGAAUGAAUUGCGCGGCAAGAUCGGGAGAUUGAAGAAGAGCAACGAUGGCCGUGGUGACCUCCUCGAGUCCAUCGCCUCGCUCCACGGUAUUAAUAAUAGGCUACAGCCCGCACUUCAUGGCUCAGUGGAUUCCAACGGCGCACAAGACGACUACUCACCGCGUGGCGAAGAUGAUCUAUCGAGUCGAUUAGGCUCUUCAUCCAAAGGCGUUUCACCCCGCGAAUUGGCUAAUCAAUCAACCAUCCUAUCUCUGCCGCCACUUCCACUUGACCUCUAUGCCUCUGACUCGCAGACGGAUACGUGGACAAGGACGGGGUGGACAAGGGCUCACAUUCGACAUCUGUUCGACUCGGUUUUAACCUGGGACUACCUGCCAUUCAGUCUCCUCUGCAAAGACCAGUUUCUGCAAGACUAUCAAAACGGCUCAUCUCAGUUCUGUUCGUCAGCCUUGGUCCACGCCAUCCUCUCAUUGGCCAGUCGACUUAUCAACGAAAAUGACGACGACUUCAGCCUUCUCCCGUCCGGAUGUUUUGGAAGCAAACUAUUCCUCAACGAAACCGAGACAUUACUGCAGGCAAAUGAGCCACUGGACAGCCUGCCCGACAUCCAGGCACUCGGAAUGUUGGCAUUCUAUCAAACCCGUUGCGGACAAGAGGCCAAAGCUCACGAACUUGCCGAGGCCUGCAUAGAUCGCAUCUCGAAGAUUCGCCAGCAGUCGUCUUCGGCGGGCAAGGAUGAGCCACAAUACUCCAGGGCAUGUGCUGUUACCUACUGCGGUGCCGUGUCCUUAGUUCGCAUACUGCAGUUAACAACAGGGCUAGCCUUCAACGCGCCGACCUAUGCACUUCAGGAUGCUGCCUUGAUCCUCGACAAUCCGGUUCUAAGCAGCACAGGCCACGGCCAAGCAGACGCCAGUACCGAAUCAAGUCUCGCAAUCAUCACGGCAAAGGUAUUUCAGCUCGCCGAGGUUACCUACAACCUUGUUGCUUCAGCUCGGUUGGUGCCCGAAACUGCCAUGGAUGACGUUGUAGCGGUCUACGCUAAGUGUCUCGAUUGGUAUGAGGGAUUCUUUGCUCUGGUCAGCCGCGAAGGCAGCAGAACGCCGUUCAAAUUAUUCGUGCAUAUGUUCUAUCACUUCUGUGUUCUCUGUGCCUUCCGGCCCUUCGUCAGCCUCGCUUGGAACCACUCCGACAUUCAGCCUCACAAAAUAUGUGCCCAGGCGGCACAAUCCAUUCUGGCGCUCGCUCAAUCCUACGACGACCUUUUCACUCUGCGGCGCGUGUCUGCACUGAUUCCAUACCUCGUCUGCGCAUCGGGGAUGUAUGGGCUGGGCAUGUCGGACAGCGGUUCUCCCAUGGACCUCGUCUACUUGCGGCUGGGAGAUUACACCUUGCCGCCGAUCGAGCCCGAGUUCGAUAUGUCCGAGUUCGGCAUCAAACGGACCGGUGCUCCUGGUCCUCCUCCGUCACGCAUCAAAAUGUCCGUAGUAGCUCAUGCGCGCCUCCUGCUUGCAAAAAUCGGCUCAAUCCAUCCGGCGGCCAUGGUUGCCGAGAGGAUGUUAGCUGCAGACGCAAGACCAGCUGUCUGA